CAUAAUGCAAUAUUUGGUGCCAAACUUUUAGUCACAAAGGAUUUCACAAGUGAAAGGAAUUUUUCUUUCAAAAUACAAUAACGAAAUACAUUUUAGCAAUUCUUGUUUGUUACAUUAAUUAUCAUAUACGUAAUAUACUCUACACCUGGUAGUUUGUUGCUUCUGUACUUUUAAGAUUUAUCAGAACCAUUACCAAACCGCUUCGGUAAAAACUACUGACCUUUUUAGUAUUUCCAUAGAACCAGAUAGGAUUCUGGAGUCUUGCGUUUUCUAGCACGACAGUGUUAUAUUGGAUCUUUCGAAUAUUAGAUAAUAUCUUUUUGCUACCUGGGGUUUUCAGAAAAAAAUUGUGGCAAUGAAUAUGAAACAAUGGAUAUCAUUUUGCAUCGUCACUUCGAUUCUGUUUUAUGCUGAAGGUGGUGAAAUAAACAAAGAAGGAUUGAGUUUAUGGAGAAGAACAAUGUGCAUUGCAUUAGAAAAAGGCGAUAGUGAUUUCUUAAAUAAGAUUGAUAGCUGUUUUAACUUAGAGGAAAAAAAAUUCUUUGUUGCUUGGAAGGAAUGCUUGGAUGAAAUUGUGCCUUCCACGGGUGGUAGUUUCGAACUUUUUCACAAUAUUGCUUGCCGGGAUCAUUCAGUUUAUGACAAGAUUGAUGAAUGUAUGACAGAGAAAGGAGAAGCUCGAGGAAUGCUAGAUGAAAAAGAACCGGCAGGAAUGUGUUACAAGAAAUUAUUCAAGAAUUCUGAUUAUCCAGAGCUACUAGUAUACUUUCGUCAUGAAGGUUAGGCAGAUUAAUAUUCAAGAACUCUGCAUGUUUCAGCGAGAAAAUUAAAUUUCAAUAAAACAUACAAUAAAUAUGCAGUUUCUGAA